AUGGCAAUCCUCAAGACUGGUUACAGUUCCUUGUGUGAAUGUGGCUUGGAAGAAGGAUCUCUCGAUCAUUUGUUUUCUAAUUGUCCGAAAUUAACUGUAUCACUAUAUGCUCCCCAAAAACAUUCUGCGGCCGGUAUAUAUGAUGCAGAAAUCCAAUCGGCCCUCGCUGCUCCGCCAUCAGAUGAAAAUUUACCUCCACGCCCUAAAGAAGGUGGAGUCGAGACUCGCUACUGCGAAUUCUUUAAUGACAGUACCUCGCCGACCUGUAACAGCACUCAGAACACGACAUGCCCUCCGAGAACUUUGGUAAAGGAACAAUGCAUGCCAAUAGAGACGGACAAGAGCAAUCACUGCUUUGUCUUGUGGGAGUUCGAUAACAUAACGAACAAGGCUACGGUCAUGGUGAAAGGUUGUUUCCUAGACACCGUCGCUUGUAACGACAGAGCUUCAGCUUGUAGACUUCAUAAUAUGAAACGACCUCUACUCCAUUGCUGUUGCGAGGGUGACAUGUGCAAUGAGAAUUCAACAUUUCCCGGUCUAGAAGCUGGGAUGUCAGCUCCCACCGAGCUACCUCCGGAACGCAUCCCAGCCUCACCCUUACCGACUUCCGAGGAUGAUACGAAAGCGGUUAUCGCUUAUACAUUGACACCUCUAUUCUUGCUAUUUGCUGUUCUAGUCGGAUGUUAUCUCUUGUACAGAAAACGGAAAGGUAGUUCGUUUGCCGAGUUAGGAAGUGCCGAAGCGUCGUUGUCGAGACCACCAUCCGCCGGGGCGGGCAUGGAGAAUGAAACAGGUGGUCUGUUGAGUCAGGUGACUCUGUGCGAAGUGCGUGCUCGAGGGAGAUUCGGCGCCGUUUGGAGAGCGAAGCUCGGUCAACGAGAUGUAGCCGUCAAAGUGUUCCCGUUACAAGAUAAACAGUCGUGGCUAGCGGAGCAGGAAAUAUACAGACUGCCCCGCAUGGAUCAUCCAGACAUAUUGCAUUAUAUCGGCGUUGAUAAAAAAGGCGAUAAUUUGCAAGCCGAGUAUUGGCUCAUAACUGCUUAUCACGAAAAGGGUUCGUUAUGCGAUUACCUAAAAGGCCACACUUUGUCGUGGCCAGAAGCAUGGCGUGUAGCUGCAUCUGUGGCUCGCGGCCUAGCUCAUUUACACGAAGAAGAUGGCGGAAAACCUGCUAUUGCUCACCGGGAUUUCAAAUCUAAGAACGUUUUACUCAAAGCCGACUUAAGCGCAUGUAUAGCGGACUUCGGAUUAGCGUUGGUGUUUGUAGCGGGACAUGGGUGUGGGGAUGCGCAUGGGCAAGUCGGUACUAGAAGAUAUAUGGCGCCAGAAGUGCUAGAUGGAGCGAUUAAUUUCACCAAGGAUGCAUUCUUGAGAAUAGAUAUGUAUGCGUGUGCUCUUGUUCUCUGGGAAAUUGCGUCACGAUGUGAAGAUGGUCCCGUGGAGCCGACAGCGCAGUAUCGUCUUCCAUUAGAAGAAGAGGUUGGGUCACAUCCAGGUCUCGAGGAAAUGCAGGAAGCCGUGGUCCAGAGGAAACUGCGACCGCAUAUACCGCCCCAGUGGCGAGACCACCCAGGAUUAUCCGUCAUCUGCGAUACAAUGGAAGAGUGUUGGGAUCAUGAUGCUGAGGCCCGUCUCUCUGCCUCCUGUGUGCUAGAAAGAAUCGCAGCCCAACGCCCCCCCACUGCUCCAGCUCCCCCCACCCCGGACACCACACCUCUACUCAUCCACGAACUGCACCAGAACACCUGCUGACCACAGCCCGAAGACCUACCACUGAUACAGCUGUGAGUUGAUGUGACGAUUCAGUGAUAUUUACUUAUUUCAGUAAGUUAAGAGUGAGUUAUCCUUUAUAUUGUUGGUUUAAACUGGUGUUUAUAUAUACAAUUAUACUGUUUUACAAGUGUUGAUAAUUUGUUUAGUUAUUUGUCAAACAUUUGACAAGCAUUAUUGUAUAUGUUUUUCAUAUUUCAAUUACUUUAUUUUCAUGUUGUGUUAUGUUUCAACGUAAAUAUGAAUGUAUUUUGUGUCAGUAUUCACUGUGUAUAAAUGAGACACAAGAUUUUGUCUCUUACGAUUAAUGUAAUAAAGAUAACUUAUUUUGUAUUUUUUUUAU